GGUCAGCCGGGGUCAAAGGGCGACAAGGGUGAGCCAGGUCACAAAGGUGAGAUUGGACAGAUUGGACCUGUGGGUGAUCGGGGAGCACCUGGGAACACUGGGUCUAAAGGUGAUGAUGGGAUUGGUCUGCCUGGCAAGAUAGGUCCCAGAGGUAUACCUGGUAUCGUUGGAAGAAUCGGAGAAACUGGUGUCAAAGGUCAGAAGGGUGAGCCAGGGGAGACACCAGACGAUUCAAACCAGCGGGUAGCAUUCACCGCUGUGAGGACGAGCCACUCGGAUGAAUCUACGAGUCACGACACCCGUUUGCCCUUCCAGCAGACCGAGACGCUUCUGCCGGGUACCAGUUUCGAUCCCGAGACCGGUACGUUCACAUGUAGUGUGCCGGGCACCUACGUAUUUACAUUUUCUGCUCUUAAGUAUGGCAACAGCGGUACCCUUGAAAUUCAUCUUGUUAAAAACAAUGACAAGGUGAUUUCCACCCAUGGUGAAGUAAAUCAACGAGGUCAGUUGUCUGGAAGCUCGGUGCUGAGUCUCCAGCGUGGAGACACGGUGUAUGUUACCAUGUACGGUAAGGUGCAUAGUGGUAAAUACACCUCAUUCAGCGGCUUCCUCCUUUUCCCGGAGUCAAUUAAUUAA